CGAAUGUAAUUGAGUCCUGUUGGAAAUACUUGUGAAUUUUUUCAUCGACCACACAAAUGCGAAAACCGAGAAGAGAGUCUGCUAGAAGUUCCGUACUUUCGUACGAGAACCCGUACCAGUACACGAGACGUACGUACGGUUGUCGUCAUGUUUCUCGUGAUCGAAAAGGGACCGGGCAUCACACCUCUCUUUUCGAAAGGAACAAAUUUGAUUUCCACCGCAACGACAAAAACAGCAGCUGCUGUCAUAGUUGGCGACAGAGUGCAACAGGCUAUUCUCUUCAAUUGAACUUGUGAUUCGACGCAUGAAUUAAGACUGUAUAUGUCAUUUCGUCUCAUAUCAUGUGCAAAGAUACUCCCCUAGCCAAACCAACGGAGUCUCCGCCAAUGAUCGAUAAGCAUCGAAACGCAUUGAGACUUAUUUUCGUCGCCUCAGGCAUUUGUUUCAGCUACUGGUUCUAUGGGUUCCUUCAGGAAAAAUUAAUUACCAAAAGCAGAUUGGGCGCUACGUUUAUUCUGGUCAUCCAGACCGUAACGAAUAUAUUGAUCGCCACGAUGUGGCGACGAAUCGAAGCAUCCUCCUCGAAGGUGGAAACGACAAUGGGACUCAACCACCCACUCCUUUUCGCGACUAGUUCCUGUUAUGUCUUUGCGAUGGUGGGUUCAAAUGAGAGCCUUCGCUAUGUCCCUUAUCCAGUGGCUGUCUUGGCGAAAUCCUGCAAACUUAUACCUACCAUGGUGAUGGGAAGAUUGAUCGAAAGAAGACAAUAUUCUAUGCAACAAUGGGCAGCCGCCAUAUGCAUAAGUUCUGGGAUCGCCCUCUUCAAUAUUUCUCGAAUGCCACAAAACCAAUCCCAGUCGUCAACCGAGGACAAUAACUAUUGGAAGGGAAUGGUGCUUUUGUGCAUUUCACUUGGCAUGGAUGGUUUCUUGGGAGCUUUCCAAGGUACGUGCUCCAGGAAAAACACAACCAUUCAAACAAAACCAAUAGAGCGUACAAGGUUCACAAAUCGAACGAUAAUUUGGACGUCGAACAAACCGAGCGAUUGUUCGAAUUGGUUUGUUUCCUGAUUCUGACUCGCGUCUUUAUCACCAUCUCACCAUUUGACAGGAAUGCUAAAGCGGCCAGGUAUAGGUCCAAUAGAAACACGUCAACGGCCACCAACAGCAGUGGAAACAAUGUUGUUUAUCAAUUUUUACGCCUUUCUUUUAUUGGUCCCCUUGUCGAUGUUUACUGGUCAGUUGACUGAAGGUAUUCGUCUGUUACAGAACAACGAACAGCUGAGAAUGAACAUUGCGAUUUUGAAUGGAGUUGUCGGCGUUGGUCAAGUAUUCAUUUUCUUGUGUAUUGCUUGGUAUAGUUCCCUCGUCACCACAACCAUCACAACAACGAGAAAGUUUUUCACAAUCUUGUUCAGUGUUCUUCACUUCGGCCAUUCCUUCACGGCAGGACAAUGGACAUCGGUGCUCAUGGUGUUUGGGGGGCUGUAUUUGAGCAUUGCAAGUGGAAACAAAGCGAACGUUACUAAAUCCCUGCCAGAAGGCAAGAAAGACGAUUAAAGUCAAGUAAACCAAAACAUGGCAUCAAAAUGAAGAUGGAAAGGAGGGCAUACAUUUUUCUAUUUCAACGCCAAUAGGAUCACAUUUUGGUCUAUAUAUCCGACGUGAAGUACAGAUAUGAUUCAUACAACGCAUUACGUGAUUAAUGCUGAAAUAGUAGAAUAGUCCAAUCAUCAAUGGGAUUCCGCUUUUUCAUCUCAAAUUCCAAUCGCAAAUUAAAUGUGCUAGACAAUGCAUAGAUAGACCAAAUUAAGACAAAUAAUGGUUCGUUCGAUCCAAAAGAACGACCGUAUUCUGGCUGCUGCUUUGGUAUUGACAUAUCCAUUCAAGUUUUGUCAGUGUGAGUAUCUUGAAGAUUCCUAUUUAUUACUCUUACUACUAAUAUUGGGUAAUCUUUGAAUGCUUGUUUAUAUCAAUUCAUUUAAUUAAAAGUCUGAUUUCAG